AUGGGACAGGAGACUGGAUCGGCGGGCGACGAGCAUCCGCCUCCGUUGCCCCCCCGAACGACCACGGCGGCUUCGGCAGACUCGAGGGCUCUACUGGCACAGGCCACGACGGCCAUCAGCCCUGUGGAUAUCCAGACGCUCUCGUUCCCUGAUGGCUCCCGCGGCACCUUUUCAGUCGCGGGGCCGAGGUCCGUUUCCACGCCCAUUGGCAGCGGCAACGGCUCCCCCAGCUUGAAGGCGAGCGUCUCCGGGGGCGAGGGCGGUGACGAUGCCGUCAGCGUCACGAGUUUCGCGCCGACCAUGCGCCCGGCCGGAGACCUUGCCAGUCUCCUCGCUGGAAACUUCAAUCGGAAGAGCCCCGCCUGGACCCUGCUCCGGUCGCAGUCGGCCUCGGUCCAGCCGUUUGAGAGGGACCGGACGGGGCUUCAGGACCGCCUCGCCGAGUUUCCGCAAGAGUUUGAGCCCUUGCCAGACGAAGUUGACGAGCAAUUCGAUGACGACGACCGCCUGGCCAUGUGGAAGUCCAAGUUGAAGCAUUACAUGAUCCUUUCGUCUGCGGGGAAGCCCGUGUGGAGCCGGCAUGGGGAUCUCAGCCUCAUCAACUCUUCCAUAGGAGUCGUGCAAACCAUAAUAUCGUUUUACGAGGGCUCCAAGAGCCCGCUGCAGGGCUUCACUGCCGGAGACACGCGGUUCAUCGUGUCGACCCAAGGGCCACUCUACUUUAUAGCCAUAAGUAAGCUCGGAGAGAGCGACUCGCAACUACGGGCACAGCUCGAGGCCCUCUACAUGCAGAUCUUGUCGACGCUGACUCUGCCGACGCUGCGAAACAUAUUCAUUAACCGGCCAUCCACCGACCUCCGCAAACCGCUGCAAGGAACCGAAUCGCUACUUUCCUCUUUGGCGGACAACUUCACCAUGGGCUCGGCCUCGGCGCUGCUGCGAUCCUUGGAGUGUUUGAAGCUCCCCAAGUCGGAGAGGCACACGAUCAACAACACGUUUCUGAAGCUGCGGGCCAGCAAGCUUCUCUACGGGCUGAUUGUGGCCGGAGGCAAACUCGUCAGCGUCAUACGCCCGCGACGCCACUCGCUGCACCCCAGUGACCUACAGCUCAUCUUCAACAUGCUGUUCGAGUCGGACGGCAUCAAGGGCGGCGGCGGCGAGAACUGGAUACCCAUCUGCCUCCCCGCCUUCAACAACCAAGGCUACCUGUACAUGUACGUCAGCUUCUUCGAGGGAGUGUCGGGGGAACAAGCCCGUGCGCCGGCCGCCAGCCAGGGCCAAUCGGCCGAGACGGAAAUUGCCAUGGUCCUCAUCAGCGCCGAUCGAGAGAGCUUCUACGGCCUCAAGCAGAUGCGUGACGACGUCGCACAGCAGCUUGCAAAGAACGGCAGCCUGGCCAGCAUCAGGAAGGCAGCGCGGGCGGGCCGCCCCAGCGUGUCCCAAGUCGCACCGGGGAGCCAGAUCAGCCAUUUCUUGUAUAAGUCGCGAGCAAAUGUGCAGUUCUGCAUGGCCUCGCUGCAGCCUUGGUUUGUCGGCGUGGUGAAACGGCGGAGACUGAUGACGCUGUAUCACGAGCUCCACGCAUCGGCUCACGCCAAGCACGCGCAUCUCAAGGUGAUGCACUGCGCCAGCGAAGAGGCGACGUCGCUGGCCUGGGUCACGCCCGUCUUCGAGUUUUACUGCGUGGGCGGACCCAACCUGUCGAGAGAGUCGAUGUCACAGGGCGCAAAUAAGAUUAUCCAGUGGGCCAAGAAGGAGGAACAACGACUCUUCAUCAUCGGAGGCGGUGUAUUCUGA